AUGGGUGCAGUUACUGAGUGGCUGAACAAGGACAUAGAGUUCGCUAAGAAGAACAACAGAGACUCCGACAACUUCCUCUUCCAAUAUGAAGAUUACGAUUCAGCAGAGGAUCAAGAGGUCCUGUUUAAUGAAGACAGGCCCUGCCCCAGAGAUUGCAUAUGCACUGUAUCUCAAGGAUACAGAAUAGCCAAGUGCAACCGUCUCGAAGUCGGCACGCAGAAAUUCGGCGACGAUAUCACUGAUCUUGUGAUUGAAAACGCCGAUCCGACAUUCCCCAUUCAGCUUGACGAUUUCAUCUUCAAAAAACUAGGUCUGCACCAAAUUGCGACUAUCAAGAUAGUCAACAGCACAAUUGGUUUUGUCGGACAUAACGCGUUCCAUGGACUGCACGAAUUAUAUGCAGUCAAUUUGUCGAAUAAUAAAUUAAAAACUUUACACCCUGAAACAUUCGCUAAUAACAAAAAACUUUUAUUGUUAACGCUAUCAAAUAACCCCUUAAAAUUCCCGGCUGUAGGCUCUCAUGACUACUUCCUUAAUGCAUCAUCUGUUCAAGAACUAGAUGUCUCGUACUGUAAUAUUCAAUAUAUUACAGCUAAUACCUUCAAAAAUAUGCCAGGCCUUAUGUAUCUAAACGUAGCUGGAAAUAAUCUCUCUGAUAUGGAUGCCGACACAUUUAAAAAGCUUCUGGACUUAGAGGAACUCGACUUAAGUGAUAACAACAUAAAAGCACUGCCUGAAGACAUAUUUUCUGAAAAUACAGAACUAGCAACAUUGCACAUACAAAGGAAUCCAAUUGAUUCGGUAUACGGUUUACAGAUUUCGGACCUGCUUACUCUGAAUGCUGGUCAGACGGACAUAAAGUUUAUUGGACCAUCCAUGUUUAAUGGAAUGACUUAUAUUGCAAACCUCAACCUAAGCGGCAACAGUAUCGAGAAAAUCCAUAAUCAAGCAUUCCACAAACUUGUCGAACUCAAUUACUUAGACCUUUCUUACAACGACUUGGACUUCAUUUCCGGCUAUCUCAUUAAGGAAAAUAUUGAACUAGAUAUUUUCAAAAUUUCGAACAAUCCCAGAUUGAAGCACUUACCAGCCGAAGGGUUCAAUUGUUCUGCAGAACAGUUUAAUAUUUAUUUGUUCGAUGCAUCAAAUUGUGGACUAGAAGAAAUCGGAAAUGAUUCGUUGAAGACAUUCACAGCUUUAUCUCAAAUCAAUCUCUCUGGUAAUAACAUCAAAUCUAUAAGUACUGAAGUUUUUUCACGAUGCCCUAGGCUAGUGGAUAUUAAUCUUGCCUACAACAAAUUAACUACUUUAAAUGUUAAAGUUUUCGAAAAAAACAAGGAAUUAGGAAAAUUAAACCUUCAAGGCAAUCCACUGAAAGUACUUUCAGCAGAAAUAUUUGUUUAUACACCGAUUCUGACUACGCUUGAUAUGAGUCACGCCGAGUUGACUUCUCUAUGGAAAGUAGUAAAGGACCAUCAAGUAGGCCUUCUUAACAACUUGAGCUUCCUUAAUGUUUCACAUAACAGAAUUACUGAGAUCAAACAAACUGAGUUAGAUAGCUUGAACAAACUGCGUACGUUGGACAUUAGUAACAAUCCUCUAGCUUGCAGCAGAGAUUUUGAAAACCUUAUGACGUGGCUUAGUAACCGUAAAGUAUCUCCCAACUCCAACAAUGCAAAUAUUGCCAAUCUCGCUAAAGACGCAAAGGAAGAGGACGGUACAUACAGUUGGGAGUUCUUAACAAAGAAAACUUGUGGCACCGCGUUACCACAUCCAGUAGAACCUUUACCACCUGUAUCGGAUGAAGAAAUAUGGGAACGCAUCGACAAAGAUGCAGAAGGUAACUUUGAUUUGAAAGAUACUUUGGACGACGGGAAGCUCGCUGAUGAUACUGCUGUUAAUAAUGACAAGAACAAAAAUAUCGUUGAUGACGACAGUAAUGACGCCGAUGAUGAAGCCGACGACGAUGGAGAAGAGGACGAUGAAGAUGAGGACGAAUCUGGCGAAGAAUACGACGACAGCGAUAGCGAUGUUGACCUUAAAGUGAAACUUAUCGAAAAACCUGCCGUAAAAUUAAGUACGUAUAAACCUGUAGCCAGUGGUUCAAGUGAACAAUCCCAAACUGAAAAAAUAAAGAUCGACAUAAAACUGCUCGAAAAUGAUAAUAUGUACGACGACCUGGAGCCAGAAAUCGAUAUGCAGGCUUCUUACGUCACAGACAAUGAGCACGGCCGGUACGGAUAUUUGUGGCCAAUAAUGAUCGCCGUUUUGGGAGCUCUUCUUAUGUUGAUCGUCAUCGCCAAGGUCGUCAUGGUUGUGUGCAGUAAGAAGAAUAAGCAAAUAAGAUAUAACAGUGCCAUUAUCGCCGCUAUGAGUCACCCGGGUCGUACAAAGAAAGAUUGUGGUCUGGUAUACCAGCAACUAACAGAGGACUUGACGGGCCCGAAGACCCCUAAGCUUAACCGCUACGCACCAUUGCACAACGUUACCGUAAAUGCCUCCAACAUGUCAUACGAGAGCAGUCCCUUUCACCACAGCAACAUUGUGCCGGAAGCCGUGUGA